AGUCGAGCUGUGCAGCCGUUCUGGAUGCCAGGAUGAAACCUGCUCCGCUCUGCAUGCUGAGCUUUUUCUUGCUCAGUCCUCUGCUUCAUGGACGUGCUGAUGCUGAUGAACCCAGAGCCACCCUGACAGCAGAGAACAGCAUCAUACCAGCAGGGGGCAGUGUUACACUGAGCUGCUCUGUGGACGGAUCCACUGACUGGGAGUUUGAAUGGUUCAGAAAUAGACGACAUUAUCCUGAAUCCUCUGGAAACACAGAACCAGAUGGAACCAUCAGAGUCUCAGAGGGAGGGAAGUACAUCUGCAGAGGAAGAAGAAGAGACUCAUCUUUUUACUCAGACAGUGAAGAGGUCACCAUUCAGAAAGCUGAUAUAAAGGCAACUUUGAAAGCAGACAAAACUACCAUACCACCAGGGGGCAGUGUGACAUUAACCUGUUCUGUGGACAAACCUGCUGAUUUAACAUUUGAGCUCUUAAGAGGAUCUUCAUUCACCGAUCAGACCAGAGUUUCUCCUACAUCAGAUGUAGUUUUCAGCAUCACAGAAGGAGGAAUUUACACCUGCAGAGGAUAUGAACCAGGG